AUGCCGACCACGUUCACCGGUGGUCGAGGCGUGAACAGCCAAGACCUCGACAUCCCCAAGCGCAUGUCGUUCGUGAGCGGCGCCUCGCAGCUCAAGGACCUGGAAGACGGAAGCUAUGUCGGCGUCAAGACCCCAGAACACGUGCCCAUCGGUGCUCGCCCUCCUGAAGGAGAAGGCGGCGCCAUCCGUGAAGGAGGUAUGCCCGUACUGACCAGCAAGGAGAACCUCGGCCUGCUCUUCGAGUACGCCGCUGUUGGACUCGUGUAUGGCCUGCUGCCGGAGACCAUCUACCCAUUCAUGCAGGAAUACCUCAACUGUUCUGGCGCUCAAGUCACGGCUGCGAGCCAGCUUGUGGUGCUGCCGUGGAGCUUCAAAGUGUUCUAUGGUAUCCUGUCCGACUGCCUGCCGAUCUGCGGCUACCGUCGGCGACCGUACAUGCUCAUCGGCUGGGGUAUCUGCUUCAUCAUGCUGCUGGUCAUGCGCAUCAUGCCCAUUGGUAAGCCGUACUUUACGAAUGCGGCUGACCGAGACGUGGAUAUUGCAGACUACACUCCGGAGAUCGAAGCCCGCAUCAACUACGACGCUCCAUCGGAAGGCGCCAAGUAUGUGAUGCUCAUGUUCUUCGCUGCGUUUGGCUACGUCAUGCCGGACGUGUGUGCGGACAGUAUUACCUGCGAGUUGGCUCAACGUGAGCCCUUGGACAAGCGCGGCAAGACGCAGUCCUACUACGGCGGCACCUUCGACUUCUCGCUGAGCUUCCCCCAGCUGAUGAUCAUCGUCACUGUCCUCACGAUCCCCGUGUUUCCCAUGACGUGGUUCUUCAUCAAGGAGGAGAAGGUCGAGCGUGCCAACUUGAAGGAGUACAUCAGCAGCUUCUGGGACUUGCUGUGCACUCGGGCAGUGUACCAGGUCAUCGCGUACAACUUUUUCUCCAACAUCUUCGCUGACAUCACGUACACCGGCAGCUCCCCCAUUCAGGACUACAUGGUGGUGGGGACUGCACUGGAACUGGCGCUGAUGAUCGUCGUCACUGGAGCCGUGGUGAUCAUUGUGGACUGCACUGUGUCGAUGAUCGUCGUCUGGGACGUCUUCCGCAACCAGUGGUUCUGGCUUGGCCCUCCCAUUGCCGUCCAGCUCCCGUACGGCGUCGGCUGGAUCAUCUCGACUUUCGUGACUGUGGAACUGGCCGGACUGAGCAACGAAGCGGCCGUCUACGGCCUGAUCACCACGGUAACGAACGUCGCCUCUCCCUUCGCCUCAGCGUUGACCCUUGUGAUCGACGCUCCGUUCAACAUCACCAACGCUCGAGUUCAAGAAGACGACCACUCGAUUCGCCGAGAUCUGACGUACACUAUCAUCAUCAUGUACGCUAUGACUGCGUUUGCGUGGGUCUUCCUGUUCCUGUUGCCAAAACAAAAGGAAGAUACGCAGCGCCUGCUCCGCAAGGGCGGCAAGAGCAAGCUCAUCGGCGGUAUCACCGUGUUCUACCUGUGCUUCGCGAUCGUGUGGUCCGUCAUGACCAACAUCAUGGCUAUCUUUGAGAGCACGGCGUGCCUCGUCAUUGCGGGGGGCACUGGCUGCUAA